AUGGUGGUUACGAGAGUGAUCCAGGAUUCGGAUGAUGAAGGGAGCAAUGCCAGUCCGGUGAAGAGCUCCCCGCAGCGCGCACCUGGCAUCCACGACUCGGAACAACAGCGAGGGUCGGGCGCGACCACGGACACGGCCACGCGAUCAACCGAUCUUUCCUUCUUCCAGAGGGUCUAUGAGGAGCAACAGAUGCCGGCAGAUGCAAAUCUCAAUGAGUUCGACCAGACGGGCACAAUGGAUGCUGGAGCAGCACAAGACUUCACUCCCGACAGAGGUCGCGCUCAGAAGAAGCGACCUAGUACUGGUGAUGACCCAUGGGAUGUGCCGAGCAGCCCGGAGAGGAUUCCCGCAGCAUCCAAAAGCAAUCCUAACAGGCCUUCACGAACGAAACGCUUGAAACAAAUGGACCAGCCGGAUUUGCCAUCCGACGGCGGUCUUGAUGUCAAUUUAAUUGCUCUCCCGGAUAAUGCGCCGGGCAGUUAUGCAAUGGCAGCAUCCCAGACUGCCCCUAUUGCGAGCGACUAUCUCCCUGCGACGGCCCAGGGAGUGUUGGAGAUUUCCAUCGACCAGGGGCACAUGACUGCGAGUCAAGUCCGAGAGUACCAACCAAUGUAUUCGUCUAACAACGCGAAUCGUUAUGAGGAGGCACCGUCACCGCCGCCCGACUUCUUCAGGAACGAGGAAACUCGGCAAACCAGCUCCAUCACUACGAUAGCAUACCCGACGCCCAGCCGAUACGCCUCUUCGGGGCGUCGGAGCCCCCGGUCGCAGCCAGCCUCUCUGCCCAACGAGAUCCCACAGAGCAACCCGGCUGCAUCGGCUGGGAAGCGCAAGAGACCUGUUCUGGACCAGCGCGGUUCGUCUCCGGACGUCAUCGCUGAUCUAUCCUCUGAAGGCAGGCAUGCUGCCUUGCCUACCGGACAACAUCCAGAGGAUAGACAGUCAUCGGGCGAAAAUAUUGUCAAUCUAGACAACAAUGAUGACGACCCUUUAUCAGGGGACAUUGCACAGGGUACGGCAACGGCUCAACACAAUGAUGAGCUGAAGCCCGUUCCGGUUAGUGACGAGGGCUUAGGGAAGGCUGCACCGGAAGUGGUCACGAUUUCGUCGAGUCCUAUACAAGAAACCAGAUCCAGGGUGCCUGCUGCAAAGGAGCCUAAGAAGAGAGGCCGGAAGAAAAAGAGGCGCGAUGUUGCCCCAGAGUCGACUUCGGAGCCAGUUCCGGAUGCCGCGGUUGAUCCGCCUCAGCUUCUAGACAACUUACCGGCCGCAACUCCUGAGAAGCCAAAACGCAAGCGAGGGAGGCCUAAAAAGACGGACAGCACGGCGGCCGCCAGAGAUAUGCAGCAGGCAUCCUCGCUCAUCGCCUCUGAGCCCCUAGACGAUCGACCCCCAGCCUCUGGCCUUGAGAAUCACGAAGUGGCCGGCCUUACCGCUACAGAUGGCGAAGAAGGGACGGAGGGUGUUCUCAACGAGGGCAGUGAGAACGGUCCAUCAUUAUCACGAUCCUGCAACGAAGAACCAGUCAAAACGGAGGAAUUGAAGACAGCGACUAUCGAGACCAAAGAGAACAAGGCUCCGGGCAACACGGUGAAUGGCAAAGAAGCAACCAAAGGCAGGGCCAAUACGCCACAACCAGCGAAGGCCGUCUACCGCGUGGGCUUAAGCAGACGAUCAAGGAUCGCUCCCCUCCUGAAGUCCAUCCGCAAAUGA